AUGGAAGGUGUUGAGUUUAAGGAAGAAUGGCAAGAUGAAGAUUUUCCAAGGCCCCUGCCAGAGGAUGAUCCUGUUGCAUCAGAUGUAUUGACUGCAGCUGGAACAGACAGUGAAGCUGAGGUUAAUGGAACCAAAGUGAGGAAGAAACUAAUGGCUCCAGAUAUUAGCUUAACUUUGGAUUACAGUGAGGAAUCUGUUUUGUCUGAUGACUUGGAUGAGAGUGGAGAGAUUGAUUUGGACGAUUUAGAUACUCCUUCAGAAAAUAGCAAUGAGUUUGAAUGGGAAGAUGAUCUUCCAAAACCAAAAACUACUGAUGUAAUUAGGAAAGGAUCACUUACUGAAUACGCUGCGGCAGAGGAGAAAGAUGAUGGUCGACGCUGGCGAAUGUUUAGGAUUGGAGAACAGGACCAUAGAGUGGACAUGAAGGCGAUUGAGCCAUAUAAAAAAGUUAUCAGUCAUGGUGGUUAUUAUGGUGAUGGAUUAAAUGCCAUUGUUGUGUUUGCUGUUUGCUUUAUGCCUGAAAGCAGCCAGCCUAACUACAGAUACCUAAUGGACAAUCUAUUUAAGUAUGUAAUUGGCACUUUAGAGCUGUUAGUAGCAGAGAACUAUAUGAUAGUUUACCUGAAUGGUGCAACAACACGGAGAAAAAUGCCAAGUUUAGGCUGGCUUAGGAAAUGUUACCAGCAAAUUGAUAGAAGGUUAAGGAAAAAUCUGAAGUCAUUAAUCAUAGUUCAUCCUUCUUGGUUCAUCAGAACACUUCUGGCCAUCACAAAACCUUUUAUUAGCUCAAAAUUCAGCCAAAAAAUUAGGUAUGUCUUUACCCUGGCAGAACUAGCUGAGCUCAUCCCCAUGGAAUACGUUGGCAUCCCAGAAUGCAUAAAACAGUAUGAAGAAGAAAAGUUUAGAAAGAAACAGAAAAGAGUUGACCAAGAGCUGAAUGGAAAACAAGAGCAGAAAAGUGAACAGUAAGUUUGGAGUCCAAACAAGACUGAAGAAUAUGCAGAUGGAACGAUGCUAUUUUUUUGCUCCAUUUACAAUGCAUUCUCUGUGUGUAUAUAUAUAUUAUGUAACCUGUUGCAAAAGGUGCUUAAUUUCUUUGGACUAGCACACAGUGGACUGCUUACAGCUGUAUUGGUUUAUCUUUAAUUCAAUAGCUAUGUUUAUGUAAUCCUUUUAUAUUGCUAAAUGUCAAAGAACCCUGUUUUCAGAGGAUGUUCUUGCAAUUGUUUAUCUAAAUGAUGCAUGUUCUUCAGUAAAGUAUUUAUAUACCUAAAUGUUAAAGGAAAGAGAUAAUAUAUAUUUUUAUGACUGAGCAAUAUAUUGUGUAUACCUGCUGAAGGAAUUCAUUUGCAGGUAGACAAGGCCAUAAGUUACUUGUUGUUAUUGUAUAAAUCUGUUUUGCUGUAAAUGGUCAAGUGCAUUUCUUCAUUGUCACAGAAACCUUAAUUUGUUUGGCUAUUAACAGUCACAUAAUGUAGUCUUUCACAAGUGUGGAGAUCUGUAUUUUUGUUCACAGACCUA